AUGCAGUGCUUUGUGUGCUCUGAGGAGCUCGUGGGCGACUCGCAGUACAUCGAGCACCACAUCAACAGCUGCUUGGACCGACAAGGCUCGUCUUCGCAACUUCUUACCGCCCCGCUCGUCACCCCAGCUUCUCUCGACGCGUCCCACCGCGACACCUUCACCGCCUCAUCUCGCAUACAACCCAGUGCCUCGCCCCGUUCUGCGUACGUCGAUGCAGAUCACGCGCUUGCACUCGCCCUUGCACAAGCGGAGGAAGGCGUAGUCGGAGCGGAAGCGCAGACGAAUGGGCUGGACGGUGGCUCCUUCUCCAGGCGACGGGAGCGGAUGCGUAACGACGACGCCUUCGAGCAGGACAGGCUGCUGGCGCUCGCACUCUCACGGGAAGAAGAGGGACGGUCUGCGGCGGAAGGAAACACCUCGGACGUUUGCCCUUCUUGCGGCUCGUCCUGGGCGACCUUCGACCUCUCCUUCCCGCCCGCCGCCUCCUUCGCCCAGCGCUCCGUACUCAUCGCGCGAAGGCGGAACCACUUGGCGAAGUGCGAGGGGAUGGAUCGGCGGGCUAUGUCGUGGAGUCCGCCAGUAGGUGAGAAUCAUGGUGAGGCGGACUUGGAUGAUGAAUUGGCGGAGGAGAAAGGCCGUUCGUCGCUCGCUGGGAAGGGCAAGAGGCCGAGGUCCGGACCACUCGGAGGAGGUGCGAAGGAAACGGUGGUCGGUACAGCAGGCAUGAUUGGCCUCCUUCACCACGCGCUCUCCGCAUCGCACGCAUCGCCACAUGGCCGGACGCGAGAAGCGUACCUCGCGAACGAAUGGACGGAGCACAUCGCAACUCGGCUGGGCGACUACGGCUGGGGCUGCGGCUACAAGAACGCCCAGAUGGUCUUCUCCGCCGUCCGCCACCUCCCGCAAUACUCGACGGACUCGAAUUCGCCAGGUCAAGCUGCGGCGCCCGUCCCGCCCAUCCGGGCGUGGCAAGAGACGGUUGAGGAAGCUUGGAGACAAGGCUACGACCCAGCCGGUGCAGAGCACUUCCGCGGCAAGCUGAUCGGCUCGCGCAGGUGGAUCGGCACGACAGAGGUCUACACCGCUCUGACCUACAUGGGCGUCAACGCCUUUAUCGUCGACUUUCCGAAACAGGAUCCGGACUCAGGCGUCGUAACGAACAAGGCGCUCGUCGAAUGGAUACUCGACUACUUUCGCUCGUCCUCCACCUCCGCCCAGCCCGCAGCGACCAACGCCUUCGCCCUCCUCUCCGCCUCGCAAGGCACCUCAAUCCACCUAACCGGCAACCAGCCGCUGUACCUGCAACACAAGGGCCACAGUCGGACAAUCGUUGGGGUUGAGGUUAGGAAGAGUGCGAGUGUGGGUGGGGGAGGGGGUGGCAGGGGAAGGGCCGGGAGCGAGGGCGAGGAGGAGGUUUGGUUGUUGGUGUUCGAUCCGGGCAGGCCCAUCCCGAACGACAUCAAAGCCGCCGCCGCUUCUUUCAAGCCCGCUUCUUCGACCGACUCCACCAACCCCGCGAUCGCGAACGAUACCACAUCCGUCUCCUCCAGCUCCUCCACCUUCCCGCCACUCAAGAAGUUCAAGCCUUCGCGGGGCGGAUUCGGCCUCUCCUCGAGCCCGAAGAAGCAGAAUGCCGGCGCAAGCUCGGGCGCGUCGGUGCCCAAGUUCAGCGACGUGCUCAAGUGUGUGAGGGUCAACAUGCAUGACUUGAAGAAGAAGGACGAGUACCAGAUUCUCUACGUCUCCGCCACCGAACCGCCUCUCACCGAGCUCCAGAAGCUCUCGCGCAAGCUGGUCACCGCGACGCUGGGCGUGCCGAAGGCGCCUGCGAAGAACGGAGGAGGAGGACCCGCUUGA